AUGUUACGAUUGCAUGACGUCUAUCCGUCUCUGGCUAUUCACCUGUACACCUUCAUCUUCUUGGUUAUUAAUGACAUCUGUGUGAAUGGACAGUUUGUCGUUGAAGUGCUGGAACCUGCUCGCAUGGGCAUUCGACGUUCUGUACAGCGUUGUGAAGCUACUGGCGCUAAUUUCGGUGCAGACAUUGUCACAUUCUCAUUUGGUCAUGAAGCCAUCGGAUGCGCCACACACGCGGAUCCAAUCGAGGCAUGUAUAGAUUCUACGUAUCCAACUAACAUAACUCUCUGUGACUCUAAUUUCGCUUUGGUUCCGAGGGGAAAUUGUAGCUUUUCGGAAAAGGCUUAUCAUGUUCAACGCGCUGAACCAAUGGGAUUUCAGGCGUUGAUAGUAUAUAACUCAGAGGGUAAACCGCCUAUUGACAUGGCUGGAAGUAAAUAUGCUGAUCUGGUCCGAAUCCCUGUACUGAUGAUCUCUUACCAGUGUAUGCUAGCAAUUAACAACACAUAUCCAGCCAGUAAAGGGUAUGUCGUGCAGAUCAAAGUGUCGCCGGGUUAUUACGACUUAUUUCGCUAUCUUAUUCCGUUUGUUGUCGUCGUAGGAUUCUGUUUUAUUGUACUACUCAUUAGUCUGAUAUUCAAGGCGAUUCGUUUGUGUCGCGAACGUCGACGGGUUGCACGCAAACGUCUCUCGAAACGAAAUCUUCGCAAGAUCCCAACGAAGAAAUUUCGAAAAGGAGACGAACCGGAAACAUGUGCGAUUUGCCUUGAUGAUUUCAUUGAGGGUGAAAAAUUGCGUGUUUUACCAUGUCGACACACUUAUCACUGUAAGUGUAUCGAUCCAUGGCUGACUCAGAAUCGCAAAGUUUGUCCUAUGUGUAAACGACGUGUUGGUGCCAAAAAUUCCGAUUCAGAGUCCAGCGACGAGGAAAGACGUCAAGAGCAGCCUACAUCUUCUCGAAGUACUUCAGUUACGCAUACUUACCUUGAGGAUGAAGAGCGCACAGAAACACCUAUUCCAUCAACCAGCCAGGUUUUGGCAGAUGUACAUCACAGUGAUAUUGGUGGAUCACGUGAACAGUUAGUAGAAACGGAUGAUGUGGCGUUGAACUCGGAAAGAGGAGUGACGGAUGACGAAGCUGAAACGAAUACGUUGUCACAGUCAUUGAAAAACAAACUCAAGGGAUUCUUCACAAAAGCAUCUUCACGCCAACCAACUGACGGUUCUGGAGAAGUAAACGGAGCAUACGAAGGUGGAAACACACCGCCAGCGGAUACUGUUUCUGUGCAGACGAACGUGUUUGAGGAUGUUUCGCUUGAGGAUGGUCGGGAAGACGAUGACGCGAGACGCCGCCACCCCGCUGGAUCUCAUGCCACCAUAACGGAUAAUGUGCUCCGUGAUGAGUCGAUGAGUGACGAAGAGACCGAUGUCGGUGAUGGACGCAAGAAACGUCUCCGCACGAGACGCGAACGCGAUGGUGACAGAUCGCAUUCUCGUGAUCCACCAUCCGAGGGUGACGGUGGAUUCCCGAGCUCGUUCGGGAAUCUUCCUGUUUAG